GAUUUGCUCAGGAUCGCAACAGCUGUCUGUGUCCUGGCAUUCGUUUCAAGAACAGCCAAGAACAGCAAACAGUGCUGGUGCCAUCCCCAUCGACGUAGCGCAAGACUGUUAGACAAAGCUCACACACUGCAGCUGCCAGCUGGAGCGCCGCCGCUGCAAGCCCUCUACGAUGCGCUACCUAUGCCUCGUCGCACUGGCAUCAGCCCUCACGCCGCCGCCGACGCCGCGAGCCCUCCGGCCCGGCCCCGACGCGCGCCUCGAGACGCUCUCCGAGACGCCGCGCAUCUACCGCGUCGCGAACGCAUUAGAUAGAGCCACCUGCGAGGCGCUGAUCGCGUCCGAGGCUGCGUCACAAAUGACGACGUCGAACGCGCCGGCCGCGCAAUUGGACCCGGAGAAAUUGACGCUGCUCGCGCCGCUCAUUUUGCUGGCGCCGCUGCCACGGGUCGUCGGCGCGCUCAUGAAUGGUGAUGAUCUCCUGGCCGCGGCGCUGCCGCCCUUGAUUGGCGCGACGGCCGUCGCCGCCGCGCUGGCGUACCUCGCCCUGAAACUCGCCGACGCCUCGGCUUCCGGAAGGCGCACGAGCGGGGCCGCGCAGCUCGAUGCGACGCUGGGCGGCGAGGUGGCGCGAACAAUCGCAGACCUCAUGGAGACGACGCCCGCGCACUUCGAGGCGCCGGUCCUGACGCGCUACCAGGAAGGUGAAAAAUUCGCUUUGCACGGCGACGCUUCGGCGACGCGGGGCGCGGAGUGGGCCGACGAGGGUGGCCAGCGCGUGGCGACGUGUAUCCUCUACCUCAACGACGUCCCCGAGGGCGGCCGCACGGUAUUUGAUCAGGCCGGCAUUUCCGUGGCGCCGCGGCAGGGCGACGCGUGCGUCUUCUUCCCGUCGCACCACGCGUCCAAAGAACCGGACCCGCUCACGACGCACUACUCGGACGCGGCCGUCGACGAAAAGUGGAUCGUCCAGGUCUUCGAGCGGGAACGGAGGGUGCCGCCGCCGCUGGGGUUGCCGGACGAGGCGAUACGAUCACGCUAAGA